UUCAGUGGACAUGUAUUCUGGAGAAGAGAACCCCAUAUCUGUGAGCAGGAAGUACAGCACAGUGUACGCCUGUCAGUUCGACCUCACACUCUACCCCUUCGACAACCAGCACUGUGACAUCCACCUUCAGAUUGUGUCUGGCCAGGUGUCCUUCCUCGAAGUCCACUCCAACUCCACCGUUGUCUACUUGGGAAGCAAUAUCCUCAAUGAAUACAAGAUCGGGGACGUGAAGGUGCUCCUGAGGAAGGACUACCUGGCAGGCGAGGCUCGGGUCCGGGUGCCCAUGAUGCGACAGUUUGGUAACUCCAUCCUCAACAUCUACAUUCCUUCCCUCAUCCUCAUGAUCAUCAGCUACCUCACCUUCUACUUCAGAACCUCCCUCUUCGACGUGCGAGUCAUGGUCACUCUCACGGCCCUUCUCGUCCUCGCUACACUCUUCGCUCAGGCAUCAAAUUCGCUGCCCAACACCUCGUACUUCAAGAUGGUGGACAUUUGGCUGCUAUUCUGCGUGGGCAUCACCUUCCUGGUCAUCAUAUUUCAUAUCUUGAUCGAUAAUCGACUCUUUAAGGACCAGAAAAUGACACAAGUGAAACUUUUUGGCAUGCCAGCGUCGCACAAGAAGCAGGAGCCGAUAGGACUCCGUGACCGCUGCCGCUGGGCGCCGGACUACACUGUGGAGCAGCUGGAGAUGGUGGCCAAGGUCUUUGUUUUCCUCCUCAUGGUUUGCUUCAUGGUUGGUUACCUGCUGUAUAUAGUAACCUGAGAAUCCCUCCUGACGCCAUGGUUGCUACCUGCUAUAUAUAGCAACCUGAGGAUCCCUCCCGACCUCAUGAUUGCUGCCUGCUAUAUAUAGCAACCUGAGGAUCCCUCCCGACCUCAUGAUUGCUGCCUGCUAUAUAUAGCAACCUGAGGAUAUCCCCUGACGCCAUAGUUGCUGCCUGCUAUAUAUAGCAAGCUGAGGAUCCCUCCCGACGUUUUGAUUGACAAUCUGCUGUACAUAACCAGAGGAUCCCUCUCGACCAGAAGAUUGGCUACCUGCUAUAUAUAGCAACCUGUGGAUAACUCUUGACCCAGUGAUUUGUUACCUGCUGUAUAGGAACCUGAAGAUCCCUCUCAACCCCAUGAUUGGAUACCUGCUGUAUAUAGUCACAUCAUAACCCUCUAUAAAUGGGCUUUUGUUUCCCCACCGCAGUCUCCCUCUUACAUGGAAUAAUACUCCUGUAAUAAUAUUACUCCCUUUGUACAAAUUCUGUAUUAUGAAAAUUCUCCAGUUUUACUCGUCAUAUGAUUAUCACUUCAGACUACAGGAAUGUAUCAUCCUGUAAUUACUUUCACAGUUGUUACCAGUUAGAAUGAAUUAUCCCCAACCUUUCCCCUUUGGGGAAGGGGUGAGGUUACCUUGUUAGUUAGGAAGCUGCAGUAUUCAGUCAGCUCGUCACCCGACAAGCACCCAACACUAAGGUCUUAUGAACUGCUUAGGCAGUUGGUAAGGUUUGUGCGUCUUGAAAUAUAACUUUGUAUUUUGUUAUUUGUAAAAGUCCGAGUCAUUUAUUUAUAUUUUAUCUCAUUAUUUUUGUGAACAAGACAAGUUAUAUUGCUGGUGUUAAUUUUUAUAUAUUAGUAAGUAAAGUCAAUUUUAUUCAGGAAAGUACAUACAUAGUUGUUUUACAAACAUAAUGUUGGAUUUAUUGAUAGAGCUAGCACAUAAAAUAUCUAAAGCCACUAGUACGCAUAGUGUAUCGGACGCACAUGGUCUUUUAGUCUAAUGUGUAUGAAAGUAUCAUGUUUUAUUUUGGGUUUUAGGUUUAGUCCUGUUUUCUCAUAGCACAUUAACAUAAAAAAAGAAAAGCCGCAUUUAAGUUUAGCAGUCCAUGAGCUGGGUAUCGCCACAGUACCUUAAUGAACAUAACAUAAAAUGGGGGCCUGUCCAGGAUUGUAUUGUUUGAUGUGUCUGUGUUAAAUCAAUCUUUUGUAUGAACUGAUUCAACUUGACUCCUUAAGCUUGUCAUUUUACAAUAAAGUUAUAUUACCAAAGGUAUGGCAAUUUGUGAUCACCAAUUAAAAAAAAUUAUCUUGACUAACUGGUAGUUACAUAAUGUUUUUCUGUAGGUUCAUCCUUAUGUUUAAUGAGUGCACUAUUGUCUUGCCUUUCUCUGCAGAUGGUGUGGGCUACUGUUGUUUUUCCUGACCGCACUUAUGUGUCGCCUCCCUUCAGAGGCUAGCGUCUUCACAGCAGAGC